GGCCGGUCAAGGAGUGCGAAGAGGACCAGUUUCGGUGUCGGAACGAGCGCUGCAUCCCCUCCGUGUGGAGAUGCGACGAGGACAACGACUGUUCAGACAACAGCGACGAGGACGACUGCCCCAAGAGGACCUGCGCAGACAGUGACUUUACCUGUGAUAACGGCCACUGCAUCCCGGAGCGCUGGAAGUGUGAUGGCGAGGAGGAGUGUCCUGACGGAUCUGAUGAGUCCAAGGCCACGUGUUCCAGGGAAGAGUGUCCUGCUGAGAAGCUAAGCUGUGGACCCACCAGCCACAAGUGUGUGCCUGCCUCAUGGCGUUGCGAUGGCGAGAAGGACUGUGAGGGCGGAGCGGACGAGGCCGGCUGUCCUACCUCAGCACCAGGACCCUGCAGUGAGAAUGAGUUCCCGUGUGGGGAUGGGACUUGUGUCCUUGCAAUCAAACGCUGCAACCUGGAACUGGACUGCCCAGAUGGGAGCGACGAAGCUGGCUGCCUGCAGGAGUCAACUUGUGAGGGUCCCCGCAGAUUUCAGUGUAAGAGUGGCGAGUGCGUGGACGGCGGGAAAGUGUGUGAUGAUCAGAGGGACUGCCGGGACUGGUCGGAUGAGCCUCAGAAAGAGUGUGUUGCACCAACAUUCCAGGGAAACAGGAGGAGGCCCAGGGGGCUGAACGAGUGUCUGCACAAUAAUGGCGGCUGUUCCCAUAUCUGCACUGACCUCAAGAUUGGCUUUGAGUGCACAUGCCCAGCAGGCUUCCAGCUCGUGGACCAGAAGACCUGUGGCGACAUUGAUGAAUGCCAGGACCCAGAUGCCUGCAGCCAGAUCUGUGUGAAUUACAAGGGCUACUUUAAGUGUGAGUGCCACCCUGGCUAUGAGAUGGAUACACUGACCAAGAACUGCAAAGCUGUAGCUGGCAAGAGCCCAUCCCUAAUCUUCACCAACCGACAUGAGGUGCGAAGAAUAGACCUGGUGAAGCGGGACUACUCGCGUCUCAUCCCCAUGCUCAAGAAUGUUGUGGCGCUGGACGUGGAAGUAGCUACCAAUCGAAUAUACUGGUGUGACCUUUCCUACCGCAAGAUCUAUAGCGCCCACAUGGACAAGGCCAGUGUCCCGGACGAGCAGGUGGUCCUCAUUGACGAGCAGCUGCACUCUCCCGAGGGCCUGGCGGUGGACUGGGUCCAUAAGCACAUCUACUGGACCGACUCAGGCAAUAAGACCAUCUCAGUAGCCACAGUCGAUGGCCGCCGCCGAUGUACUCUCUUCAGCCGUGAGCUCAGUGAACCCCGAGCCAUUGCUGUUGACCCCCUGCGAGGGUUCAUGUACUGGUCUGACUGGGGGUUCAAGGCAAAGAUUGAGAAAUCUGGGCUCAAUGGUGCAGACCGGCAGACACUGGUUUCAGACAAUAUUGAAUGGCCCAAUGGAAUCACCCUGGACCUGCUGAGCCAGCGUCUCUACUGGGUGGACUCCAAGCUGCACCAGCUGUCCAGCAUUGACUUCAGCGGCGGCAACAGAAAGAUGCUGAUUUUCUCCACUGACUUCCUGAGUCACCCUUUUGGGAUAGCUGUAUUUGAGGACAGGGUAUUCUGGACAGAUCUGGAGAAUGAGGCCAUCUUCAGUGCAAAUCGGCUCAAUGGCCUGGAAAUCUCCAUCCUGGCUGAGAACCUCAAUAACCCACAUGACAUUGUAAUCUUCCAUGAGCUGAAGCAGCCAACAGCUGCAGAUGCCUGUGAACUGAGCGCCCAGCCCAAUGGCGGCUGUGAAUACCUGUGCCUUCCUGCUCCUCACAUCUCCAGCCACUCUCCCAAGUACACGUGUGCCUGUCCUGACACGAUGUGGCUGGGCCCAGACAUGAAGAGAUGCUACCGAGCACCUCAGUCUACCUCAACUACAACGUUAGCCUCUGCUGUGACAAGGACAGUACCUGCCACCACAAGAGCUCCUGGGACAACCAUCCAUGACCCCAUCUACCAGAACCACAGUACAGAGACACCAAGCCGGACAGCUGCUGUCCCACACUCAGUUAGUGUCCCCAGGGCUCCCAGCAUCAGCCCGUCUACCCUAAGCCCUGCAACCAGCGACCACUCCCAACACUAUGGGAACGAAGGCAGCCAGAUGGGCUCAACAGUCACCGCUGCUGUCAUUGGGAUCAUCGUGCCCAUAGUGGUAAUAGCCCUGCUGUGUAUGAGUGGGUACCUGAUCUGGAGAAACUGGAAGCGGAAGAACACCAAGAGCAUGAAUUUUGACAACCCAGUAUACAGGAAAACAACAGAAGAAGAGGAUGAAGACGAGCUUCAUAUAGGGAGGACUGCUCAGAUUGGCCAUGUCUAUCCUGCAGCAAUCAGCAGCUUUGAUCGCCCACUGUGGGCAGAGCCCUGUCUUGGGGAGACCAGAGACAUGGAAGACCCAGCCCCUGCCCUCAAGGAGCUUUUUGUCUUGCCGGGGGAACCAAGGUCACAGCUGCACCAACUCCCGAAGAACCCUCUUUCCGAGCGGCCUGUCGUCAAGUGCAAGCGAGUGGCAUUAAGUCUUGAAGAUGAUGGACUGCCCUGAGGAUGGGACCACCCCCUUCGUGCCUCAUGGAGCUCAGUCCUAUGCACUACUCUCUGGAUGGUGUGUGCCUGGAUGAGUGUCUUUUCUAUGUAUGGGUCUGUGGGAGUGUGUGUGAACGUGUGUGUGUGUGUGUGUGUGUGUGUGUGUGACUUUUUUUAAAUUUAUGUUGCGGAAAGGUAACCACAAAGUUAUGAUGAACUGCAAACAUCCAAAGGAUGUGAAAGUUUUUAUAUGUAUAAUGUUUUAUACACUUUUUAACUGGUUGCACUACCCAUGAAGAAUUCAUGGGACAGCUCCUGCUGAGUGACUAACAUGAUGUAUAUAACCAAACGGGGCCAAUGGUACAAACUUGACUCAUCAUUUGAAUACUAUAUUUACAGAGGACAUUUGUUUUGAUUUGAGGGCUUUUUUAGGUUUGGGGGGCUUGGUUUUUUGUAAAUAAAAUUAUGCUUUGUGGCUAUCCAUCAACAUAAGUAUAAAAAGAAAGAACACUUCAACUCCCUUCCUCAUUUAGAUUAUUUAUUAACAUAUUUCAAAAGUAAGGUUAGCUCUAUUGAUAAUUUAGAGAAGCGAGAGUAUUUAUUUUUGGUAUGACUGGCCCACUGCACAGACUCUGUGUUUAUGUGUGUAUGUUUGUAUGAAAGAAAAAAAGAAUCUGUAGAGAAGAGGCACACUCAUGACUAUUGUUCAAGUACAUAAAAACAAAAUUAUUUUAAAACAGCCCACAAAGAGGCCUAUCUAGUUUUCAGAGACACCGUCAGAAACUUCAUUCAGAAAAUAGAUGCCACAGUUUGCGCAGACAUGUGGUGGGAAAAGGUAGAUCUUUUCACCUCUGGCUGGCUACUCCUGAGGCCUUGGUGAGCCAGCAAGAAGCUUUUCAGCUUGUCCAUGGCUGUCAUGACCCCUGCCUAGGUUUUCUGAUCUGUGGUUUAGGUCAGUAUACAGAUAUUACGCAGUGCCAGAAGUCCUCUUAAAGUUCAGCUCUCUGUGAGGACUCAGGUUCACUUUCCUCUGAAGCACCUAAAGGCUGAGCCUCUAGACAGCAGUUCUCAACCUGUGGGUUAUGACCCCUUUGGGGGCCAGAUGACCCUUUCAUGGGGGUCACCUAAGACCAUUGGAAAACACAGAUAUUUACAUUACAAUUCAUAACAGUAGCAAAAUUACAGUUAUGAAGUAACAAAAUAAUUUUAUGGUUGGGGUCACCACAACACGAGGAACUCUAGUGAAGGGUCCCAGCAUUAGGAAGGGUGAGAACUGCUGCUCUUGAGCUAAGUGAAGACAUUUCUAGGAUUUCCAAAUUUACUGUAAGAACUGGCUCAGGCACUGAACCUCUGAGUCUCUGUGGAUGAGGACAAAGAUUUUGGAAUAGGUUUGAUUACAUCUCUGUUUCUCCAUCCCCUUACUUUCUACCAUUUUCUUAAGUAGGGGAAACAUUUUAAAACAACAAACAUGUUUCUUACCAUCAUAUGUUCACAUGGAUAAAACUAAGUCCAUAAAGGUUACCACAUCCAAAGUUAUAUUUGGGGGGGAAAUAACAUAGGAGAUAUAGCAUAUUGGGCAUGUGUCCACACAAGGAUUUGUUUUACUGCUUUAUAAAUAAAAAGGAAAACUCUGGGUAUUUAUAUAGAUCUUUCUUCGUUAUGAACACCACCUUUACAUUUUCUGAGCCUUGGGGUGGGGAGGGCAUUUUCUGUCUGUGGGAUCCACUGUUGGAAACCCCAUAGUCCCAGAAGAAAUUCAGUCUCCACUAGCUUUCCUCUUCCAAAGUAUGGUCUUUCUGUGAUUCUGCUGUUCUGCCAAUUCACUCCAGCUAAAUGAUCAAGUACAACAUGGAAGUAUUUGCUUACCUGGAACCGGAGGACAUGUAUCUACCUUUGACAUACCUGGAACUUGACAUUUAAAAUGUCUCCUGUUCCCACUCUCCAGCUUCCCCCAAAUCAGUGAAGCUUGACUGUCUCGCCAGCUUGGCACCCUCUGAAUUUCCAGACAGGCCAUCUGGAGUUCUGCCAUCCUGUUCCUAGGAGCUUGCUCUAUGUCACUCAUCUUUUCCUACCUUUAAAAGAAAUGGCUGUGUUCUAAGUGUGGCCAUUAUGUCUGACAAGUUCUCUCUGGUAUACAUGUGCUGAUGGUCCUGAGAUGUCCACUGAAUAAAUGCAGUUGACCUCUGACCCAUUCCAAACAGUCUCAAGAACAGGUGGCCAACUCCUAUGGAGAUAACUCACUAUAUUCAUUCAGGAAUGGAAAGGAAAAUCAUUCUAACUGAAGAAAAAUGCUGAAAGUGAAAGCAUCAACAUUUACACAAAAUAAACAGCUUUUAAAAAUGCCUCCAAAGAAAUGGAAAUAACUAGCAGUAGUUAAUUCAUAGUUUCUGAACUUUUAGUCAGAUCCUGGACUUCAAAAUAAGGUUGAAACAUACAGUCUAGGAUUUCCAAAAGAUGAAAUGCACAACUUAGAAGUGCCCUGUUCCCUGACUAUGCUACAGCCACAGUCUGAAAGCAGAGACAUCAAACAAACCAACAAAUACAUGGAUAGCGUAGAUCAGAAGCAGUCUGGGGAAGAGAGCCACUUGCUCCUAGCACUGAAGACUUUUUGAGCCUCAUUCUGAGGUGUAUUCCAGAUCUGCUGCUGCCCUUUGCUGCUGUGCAUAUGGAUCCAGCCAUCAGCAGCCAGAAGGAUGCUUAGAGAUAAAUCAAGGGGGCAGAACCUCAACAAACUACUUAUUAAAAGAAGCCAGGCCAGGCCUUUGGCUCUCCCUUCCCCAGAAGACAACACUGGGCUGCCUGAACAAGUGUGCAGUCAAACCUGCUUCCUCUCCCGUGACUGUCUGUCCAAUGCACUGAUGAAGGCACUACCAGAAAUGGCCUUCCUGAGACAAGAAACUAAAACUCUGCUCUUCAGACACACACACACACACACACACACACACACAGAGGGUAGAUUCCACUAAGAAUACUGCCAGAGCACAACAAAGAAAAUGGGUCAUUUUACCUGAAAAGAUGAAAAACUGGGUCUUCAUAGAAGUGACCCAAAGCCAAGUCUUAAAAAUUGAAAAGUGGCGUUGAGGCUGCUUCUGGCAGAGGGGACACUGAGCUAAGACUGGGCCUGAAUCAGCCGCGGGACUCUAAGGCACAGCAUGUAGUUCAUCACACCUGGAAUAAAGAACUCAAAGGGAGUUGGCAGAAGAGAAACUGGAUGGAAAGACAAGUUCAACACAAGCACUUUAUAAAAUAACUCUGAUUGAAUGAAGCAGACCGCCCUUUGGUCGCGUGCUGUGUACAAGGCAGCAUGGAAAACUUACUGCCAGCACUUUGGAAGGCAUGACGUCAUUCCACCUCAAGCGUUCCAGUGGCCACAGGGAAUGCUGACUGCUUUCUACUUAAAACAUUGAGUCAGAUUUUUGACACGGUUGGUGAAAACUAACGUAAGAGCGGUGGAGUUUUCACAGAAGCACGCCGUGAUGUCAAGCACCUUUUCCCUUUCUCUCAACUGUAAGAAAGAAAACAAGAUGAUGGAGAUACAGAAUCUGAGGGUAUCCCAGUCAGUACAGUCAGGUGCUACUGGGUGCGGGAGGAAACAAUUCGAAUCCCACAGGAAUACAAAGACCACGCCCAUCCCGCCACACACUCACCAUUUCACAAAAUGUCAGUCAGUCAGCAGUUUCUAAAUAUAUAAUUUCCUUCCUCAUAAAUGCAUGAAGAUAGAGAGUCUCCUUACACUAUAUUUUUAGGGUAUUUGGGACUUUUCAAGAUACAAAGAAUUUAGAAGGUGGAGGAAAUUAGAGCUCCAGAUUUUCAGUUAAUUAAAGGAAGCUUCAUUCAGACUGUUCACCAUGUGCACAGUCUUAAGAAUCAGCAGGAACAGCAUUUGCCAACAUUUUGUGUUGUCAAAACUAAUUUUAAAAAAGCUACCUGUAUAAAUAUAUACAUAUAUAUAUUUAAAGACAAGGUUUUGAUACUUUUUUCUUUUUUUUCUUUUUUUUACAAAAACUACAAGAGAAGACUGUACAAACUAGACUUUUAAAAUGGCAUUUUGUUCUAUACAAGCUGUUAAUAUAAGGGUAAGGUACUGGUUUGCAAACUCACACUAUCCAGAUGGGUUUUCUUGUUUGCUGCCUCCCCCUCCAAAUUACCACAUUGGUUGUAAUAGUAGGGCAUGUAAAAUGUUGGGUCGCACUAACCAUUUCUGCUCUUGUCACAUCAUUCUGAGUUCCAUUAGCGUCUGUACUCAGUGUCUCGGCAAUCUAGUUUCUUCCAGAGGCCGAGGGACUGAAGGAGGUGUGCUCCAUUUCACUAGCUGUACUGACAUCAUCUAGGUGAACUGAAAACCAAAUGUGGACAUUUGUAAAAUCAGAACACUGUUUCUAGAGAGAUUAAAUUCAUUUUUUAAAA